UUUUUCAGGUACAGCCGAGAGAGUAUGUAAGAGGAGAGGGGGUGAGAGAAUGGGUGAGCAAGAGAGAGAGAGAGAGACGCAACCUGCCCUUCGCCUUAGAGCACAGACAGAUCGAGUCCCCGCAGCAUUGAAUGUAGUCGACUGUCACCUUUAUCUCAUAAUCAAAUUCAGCAAGAAUCGGGAUAAAGGUUAACGAGCAAUAUUGGUUCUAGCGAGGUCGUUCUGGAGAUUUGCACGAAGAGAAGAAAGAAGAAACUUUUUGCACUCGUUUUAAAAGCGUGAGCAAAGACAAACUCACCAAAGACAUCAGCUUCCGCUGUGAGAAAUGUAAGAUAUUUUGUAAAGGCUGAGGAACAUUUCUGUGGAGCGUUUUGGUAAGAAUUGCCGUGAUCUUUGAAGGAGUUUACCGACAGGUUGCAUGGCUUACUGGUGCUCGCGGCACGUCUCUAGCCACGGCACGCGACGGAGCGACAGGAGAUCGUUUUCUCAGACCAUUAGGCAGCAGCACUAAAUGAGCUGUCUAAAGACUUGGUGCAUCAUCCUCUUCACGUCCGUUGCAACGCCAGAGACUUGAGACUUCAACGCACCGACUGGGCUUGAACUCCAGUCGAAGAAGAAGAAGGCGGAGUCUUAACUUAUUAAAAGCAACUCGCCGAGGCUCGGUCGCAAACAUGAUGAUGAUGUCUCUGAACAGCAAGCAGGCGUUCGCCAUGGCCCACACCAGUCUGGCCGAGACCAAAUACUCCAGUUUGCAUUCUUCGUCCUCGUCUUCCACUUUGACUUCCAACGCGCCCUCGUCCUCCUGCUCGUCGUCCAGACACAGCAGCACGAUCAGCAGCAGCGGCGGCUCGGAGGCGAUGCGUCGAGCAUGUUUCCCAACCCCACCGAGCAAUAUAUUCGGCGGAUUGGAUGAGAGUUUGUUGGCCCGCGCGGAAGCUCUGGCGGCGGUGGAUAUAGUCUCUCAGACCAAAAGCCAUCAUCACCCUCCUCAUCACAGCCCCUUCAAGCCGGACGCAACCUACCACACCAUGAAUACGCUUCCGUGCACCUCGUCGUCUUCGUCUGUGCCCAUCUCGCACCCGUCAGCUCUCGCGAGCCAUCACCACCACCACCACCACCAUCAUCACCAGCCGCACCAGGCACUGGAGGGCGACCUGCUCGAUCACAUCACCCCAGGACUGGCACUUGCUGGAGCCAUGGCCGGGCCAGACGGCUCGGUGGUCUCCACGCCUACGCACCCCGCUCACAUGGCAGGCAUGAACCACAUGCACCAAGCUGCCAUCAACAUGGCUCACGCCCAUGGACUGACAUCCCACAUGGGCUGCAUGAGCGACGUGGAUGCAGAUCCCAGGGACUUGGAGGCGUUCGCUGAGCGCUUUAAACAGCGUCGGAUCAAACUCGGCGUGACACAAGCGGAUGUAGGGUCAGCGUUGGCCAAUCUGAAGAUUCCUGGUGUAGGCUCUUUAAGCCAGAGUACCAUCUGCCGGUUUGAAUCCCUCACGUUGUCCCACAACAACAUGAUCGCCCUGAAGCCCAUCCUGCAAGCCUGGCUGGAGGAGGCUGAAAAGUCGCACCGGGAAAAACUCAACAAACCCGAGCUCUUCAAUGGGGCCGAAAAGAAGAGGAAGCGGACCUCAAUCGCGGCCCCCGAGAAAAGGUCCCUCGAAGCUUAUUUUGCUAUUCAGCCGCGUCCGUCCUCAGAGAAAAUCGCAGCAAUCGCAGAGAAGCUGGACCUCAAAAAGAACGUUGUGCGGGUUUGGUUUUGCAACCAGAGGCAGAAACAGAAACGCAUGAAAUAUUCGGCCUGCGUCUAGCUCGACCAGACUCC